UAUGACUAUGAAUAAAAAUUCUCAUAUGCGCAUCCUAGCGAACAACAACAAUUAUGAAUUAAUCUUUGACCUGUAUAAACAAACACAAGCCAGUCUUUAUUAUCAUACAAAAGCAAGCUAGAGCAGUGCAUACCAUAAUAGGAUAUACGCGUAUCGAAAAACAGUGUAACAUUGUUUAAUUUAUAAAUAAUCAUUUAAUCAACAUUAGACGAAUAAAAAUAAUGCCUAACGAAGCAGAAAGCAUAGUGUCAAGUGCGAGGAAAAUUUUUAACACUGGAAAAACAAUAAGUUAUGAAUUCAGAUUGUCCCAGCUUAAAGGUCUAUCACGGUUUAUAAAUGAGAAUGAAAAAGAAAUAUUAGAAAUUUUGUUGAAAGAAAAUAGAAAACCGAAGUUUGAGGCUUCUAUAACAGAAGUUAGUCAUAUGAAGAAUGAAAUCCAAGAUGCGAUAAAACAUCUUAAGAGCUGGAUGGCACCAACUAGAGUGAAGAAACCUUUGCCUUACAUAAUGGAUAAGAUUCAAACAAGACCUCAACCCUAUGGCGUUGUACUAAUUAUAGGACCAUGGAAUUAUCCCUUCGAUCUUGUCAUUUCACCAUUAAUUGGUGCUAUAGCAGCCGGUAACUGUGUAGUAGUGAAGCCUUCAGAAAUAACACCAAUUAGUUCAGAGUUUUUAAAAAACACACUGCCUAAAUAUAUUGACGAGAGUUGUUAUUAUAUUUUCACAGGUGGUAUAGCCGAAACAACAAAAAUAUUAGAACAGAAAUUCGACUACAUAUUUUAUACCGGAAGUACAACUGUUGGAAAGAUUAUUUAUAGUGCAGCUGCCAAAAAAUUAACACCAGUAACUUUGGAAUUGGGAGGUAAGAGUCCUGUAUAUCUAGAUGAUUCCGCAGACGUAGAAUUGGCCGCCACGAGAAUUUUAUGGGGAAAAUGCCUCAAUUCCGGUCAAAGUUGUUUGGAGCCUGAUUAUUUACUUUGUUCAGAAUUUAUGAGAGACAAAUUUAUCAAGGAAGCUAAAAAGAAGAUUGAGCAGUGGUACGGUGCCAAAACAAAAGAAAGUCGUGACUACUGUAGGAUUAUAAAUGACAAUCACUUCAAGAGAAUCACAAAACUUUUAGAAGGGACAACUAUUGCACUGGGUGGUAAUACUGAUCCAGAAGACAAAUAUAUCGAACCUACAAUUGUUGUAAAUGUAAAAGCGGACGAUCCCAUAAUGCAAGAAGAGAUAUUCGGGCCCGUGUUGCCAAUAGUGACUGUAGAAACGCCCGAAGCAGCUAUAGAAUUUAUUAAUAAUAGAGAAAAGCCUCUGGCAGUUUAUAUGUUCAGCACCAGUAAACAAGAACAGGAGAAAUUUAUAAACGGCACUUACAGCGGUGGUAUCUGUAUCAACGAUGUCCUAAUGCAUUUUAGUUGUAACACAUUGCCGUUUGGUGGCGUUGGUUCAAGUGGAAUUGGAAAAUACCAUGGAGUUCAUAGUUUUGAAACAUUUUCUCAUCAAAAAGCUACCUUAAUCAAAUCCUUGGACCGUUUGGGAGAAUUUACACAAAGUGUGAGAUACCCGCCUUAUACUGAGAAUAAAUUAAAAAUAAUUUUAACCUUAACAACAAAAAUACCUUCAAUAUCCUUCUGUAAUCAUGGACUCGUUCUUAUUUUUCUACUAGCUGCCUUUGUUUACUACAUUUAUUUUAGGGGUUAAGAAAUAAAAUUUUUGAUAAUAAA